GAACGACUUUCAACCGCCUACAGUCGGGGGAGUCCUUUCGCCAUCGUUUCAAAGCGCUCCCGAAGUGACAGUAACAAGUUAUUUGGGCAUAUCGGCGGCUUUCGGAAAUCGCCCCCCCUCCCCCCACGGCGCCCGCAGCUGCCCCCCCGAGGUCCAAACCGCGAGUACAAAUCCGCCCCCGCUAUGUCCGAUAACGAAGAGGCCGUCCUGAACUCGGACAACGAGAACGAGGUCAUAGACGAGAUCAACGGCGAAGAGAAGACCGAGAACGAGAAGAAGAGAAAGCGCACCGACUCCAGCGGAGAUGAACCACCAGCCAAAGUUCCCGCAGAAGUCCCUGAGUGCUUCAAAUGCCCAGAGCCAACUAAGGAAUUACCAAGGAAAGUGUGGACCUCCGCCAGAUAUGGGCGAAUGUGGGAAGUUCAGGCCUGGCUUGCAGAAGGGGGCGAUGUUAAUGCAGCCACUAGCUACGGGUUAACACUCCUCAAUGCCGCCGCAUCCUGUGGACGCACAGCUGUGGUUAAAGACCUCAUGAACUAUCUGAACCUGCAUAUUAACACUAUAGAAGAUGGGAAGACAGCACUGCAUAACGCCAUAGAAUAUGGGCAUGACUCCAUCGUGAAACUUCUCCUGAAUUCCAAUUUAAAGUGCCACCUAGAUCUCACUAUCAGUGUUCAGACGCCUCCAGGAGUGUACCGAACUGCCAUCAUGAUUGCUGCCGACAAGAAGUACUGGGGUCUAGUCGAGGAUAUAUUGAAGAUUCACGACAAAAUAUGUCGAGAGGAAGUAGCUUACCUCCUUCCGAGAGCGCAAGAUGCUCAGAAGUGGAACAUAGUACAGCAACUUCUUCAAAAGGACUUUGUUUUAACCUCCAAAGAGUAUGUCCCUAUAUUGCGUGAGGCCUACAAACUGAGUAGAUGGGAAGUAGUCUAUGCCAUAUUGCGCAAGGAUUUCCGAUACAAGAAUGAAAGCCUAAAUGACUUGUUGUUUGAUAUGAUUGACCAGAGAAACUGGAGACGAGUAGAGGACCUUCUUGGUAUGUUCAGUGAGGAAACUAACUACAACGUGAACCUUGUAGACACAGCACUUGAGGGACAGACCAGCAAGUUUGAACAGAUGUUAAAAAAGGGUAAAUUUGAUGCUCCAACUUUAAAUGGCACUUUAAUACUUAUAGCGGCAGGGGGCAGUAACGAGCAGAUUUCUAGAGCUCUUCUGACCCGUGACAUAUUCACAGAUGACACUUUGCACAAUGCACUGUUUCUUGCUGCAAAGAAAAAUAACCUGGAGUUGAUACCCCAUCUGUUAACUCAGUUCUUCAGUAGAAUCAGCUACCAUUCCCUCAGCUGUGCUCGUGUCGAAUGCAACAAGAGUAGUUUUAGGGAUGCUGAACGCCUCUUAGUAAAGGCACUUGACACGAAAAUUCAGACCAUGUUCCAAAACAUAUGAAGUUAUUUCUAACAGACUGUAUUACUAAUGUUCAAAUGAGCCCCUUUGUGGAGCAAAAAAUGGUUUCAUUUCAGAAUUAGCUGCUAGGAGGAAAUUACUUGUUUUGUCAGUCAUUGGUUUACUUUAGUUUGUUGAAAUCAUCUGUUGAUGUAAGUCAGGGAUUCAAUGGACUUUGGGAGAAUUUUAAAGCCUUUUUUCUUUGGUAGGUUUUAUUCAGUCAGACAUUACUUACCUGGAUACAGUAUAAUGGUCUCACAUUGCCGCAUAGCGAUGUUAUAUACAUAUAUAUAUAGAUAUAUCUUUUUACCCUGUAAGGGUCCAGUCUACGCUCCAGAUAUGCUCACAGUCCGGAAUCUGUUGUUAUUUUGAAGCAUAAAUGCUGUACUAUAAAUGUAUCUGUCUGCAAAUGCGAAGAUGGUUAUGCAGUUUUCCAUUCUAUUCCAUGUGUGAACUAUUCAGGUUGGUGUGGUGUAUCUUGUGUAAGAGAGUUUAUGCAUUCUGGGUAUGUUUUUUGUGUGAGUGAUGUUUCUGCAAAUUUGGAUUUUUUGUAUUUUUUGAGUUAAAAAAAUCAACCAAUUCCUACAAAAAAUACAAAUAUUUUGUAUGUGAAAAGGACUUCACUUAGUCGGAUUCGUUGCAGACACUGCAAGUUACUCUACUGUAUAGUCCUUUCAUUGCCUAUUUUUUCAUUGAUGUGACAUUUCAGUUGAAAUUUAUUUCUUCACAUUUAGUCACAAUAUAAUUAUUUUACUUUUA